UCAGAUGCUUCGAUUAUCUGUCAUAGCUACCGUUCUUGCAGUUGCCCUGGCAUCAUCCCUGGUAACCAGGGAACUCGAUGACCAAUGGGAAAGCUUCAAGGACUUGUAUGGCAAACAAUAUGGAGAAGAGGAGCAUCUCAUGAGGCGUAUAAUUUGGGAAAGCAAUCUGAGAUACAUCCAGAAACACAACAUCGAGGCCGAUAGAGGAGAACACACGUACAUCCUUGGAGAAAACGAAUACUGUGAUAUGACCAAUGCUGAGUUCAAUGCUUUGAUGAAUGGUUUCGUUAUGCAAAACACAACUGGAGGUAACCUGUUUUCAACUGAAGGUUUGACUGAUCCCCCAGCAUCUGUCGACUGGAGAACUAAAGGAUACGUUACUGAAGUUAAAAACCAGAAACAAUGUGGAUCUUGUUGGGCUUUCUCCGCUACUGGAUCUCUCGAAGGUCAAUCAUUCAAGAAAACACAGAAACUUCCAUCUUUAUCAGAACAAAAUCUGGUAGAUUGUUCCAAGAAACAAGGAAACAAAGGUUGCCAAGGUGGAUUAAUGAACAAUGCAUUCACCUACAUUAAAGUUAACGAUGGUAUCGAUACUGAAAUGUCAUACCCAUACAAAGGAAAGAAUGGCAAAUGUGAAUUCAAGAAAGCUAAUGUUGGUGGAACCGACACUGGAUUUACCAAUGUCAAGACCGGAAGUGAAGAAGACCUUCAACAAGCUGUUGCUACCAUUGGUCCAAUCUCUGUUGCCAUGGAUGCUAGUCAUCCAUCAUUCCAGAUGUACAAAAGUGGUGUAUACUCCGAGAAGAAAUGUAGUCCCAAAAGACUUGACCACGGAGUACUAGCCGUCGGAUACGGAACUGAAGGAAGCAAAGACUUCUGGAUUGUAAAGAACAGCUGGGGUCCAUCUUGGGGAAUGAAAGGAUAUUUUGAAAUGGCAAGAAACGAUAAAAAUAUGUGCGGUAUUGCAACACAAGCCAGUUAUCCAUUGGUUUAAAGACAUUCAAAUCAUUCAUAACAUUUCAUCGUAUUUGUGAUCUGAUAUUCAUGUAUAAAUAAAAGUUUAUUAUUUUUCGUAAAA